ACACGCCCAUUUCUUUAAAUAAACACCACAGCGACUGUUGUCCGUCAGGUUUUCACGUUGUUUCAACGAACUCGGAGGAGGACCCUGCUAUCGAGAGUAUUCGAACCCCGCAAGACAUUCCUGAGACCAAAAAGACUUCAGGCUGAGAUUGAACCCCAAUUAUUGGCUCAGAUUCACUAUGGAAGGCAAUACAGGAAAUACUUCAAGAAUACUUAAGCCUCAGAAAACAAGUUUUUGUGAUGAAGGAGGAGUCUACAAUCAAAAGUGCAGAUAUUGGAGAGAUGAUAUUUUAGAGACGGAAACCUCACAGAACCAAUCUUCGUAUCAGCCAACAACGAAACAAGACAGACAUAAAGAAGACUGUGAAAAGUGUAAAACAAUUGGAAGACGAGUUGUUUUGGACAAAUGCAUGCAUUAUACAAGAUUCAAUGCGUAUGAAGACAAAAUUAACAUGUUGGUGAAUUCUCGGGAAAAAAUCUGUGCCAUUUUAAAAAGUGUAGGGUUGGAUAAAAGCAAUUUUCUAAAAGAUUUUACACAGAGAAUUGAAAUUUUGCAGAAAAACGUUAAGAAAUGUGAUUACAGUCAAGAUUUUAUUAUCUUUGGACAACUUGAAUGUUUUCUGGAACAAUAUGUAAAGAAAAAUGUUUUGCAACACAAACACAGAAGCAUUGAGGCGCCAAAAAUAACUGACAAAUUCCGACCUCUUUGUCCAGUUGUGACCAGAGAAGCAAUGUUCACUGAAUCUGAUGAAGGCUUCAGCAACAUUAUAUCCAAUAUUGUCGUUAUACAGGGUGGAGUUGUGACAUAUUCCCGUCAUUAUAUGACAGUGUGUUGUGUGAAAAUGAACGGUAACAGAAAUGAAGUCCACUGCCCAUCUUCUGUCACCGAUUUUACCAGAAUCGGUAAAGACACUGUACUGGCCACCCUUCCAUUUAGGAAAAUUAUUCUAAUUAUCAGCCCCUCAAGUCUUAAAAUUCAAACGCUUCAAUUAGGCUUUUACAGGGUUUCGUACUUAGAACAUUCUACAGUUAUAGGUGUAGAAAUGUUCGGUAAGACUGUAAAUUUUAUUGAUUGGGAAGAUAGUAAAAUCACAAAGCAAUUCCUCGUCAAAGAGGCACCAUCAGCUAUUGUUGUAGGUCCACAGAAUAAGCUGUUGCUAUCAUUUUCAAAUACCAACAUAGUUGCUUGUUAUAACCUAGAUGGCCAGCAGAUAUUUGAAGUGUGUACCCAUUCUCUGGAACUUCCAACCAACAUAACUGCAUACCAAAACCAUUUUUAUGUCCUCCAGGGACAUAUUAUUUAUAAGCUUUCAGGCACUGGUGGUAUGUCAAAGAAAGAAAUUGGCGUGAAAGGUCGGAAUAUCUCUGUUGACUCGAGUACAAUUUUCUUGGUUGAUUAUUUUGGUAUUCCUCAUGCUGUAAGAACUACUGAAGACUUUUGGCCCAGGUUGUCUUACUCCAACCAGCUACAUACUCCCACUUUCUACAACCAGAUUUAUGUUGAGGAUUAUUAUGAUAUUACAAAUAUUCUACCUAUGUCAACAUCUUCUAUGUUAAUAAUCUCCAGGAAUAAGAAAGCCAUAUUAUUCACUGACAUUGGAGGAAAAAUUCGCCAGAAUUAUUCAUCUUUUCCCUUCUUUCCUUCUGUCUUUUGUAGAUUGAACUCAAAAACAUUUUUGAUUUUUUACUCUGAAAUUAAAGCACUUCAGUAUGUCACAUGUCCUGAACUAACCAAAAUCCCUUUAAUUAAGGUCCACGCUGAAUACAUUAAAAUAUGUCAUAUUGUAUCCAAUAAGUGUUUAGCUGUGACCACCACUGAAAACAAAGUGGAAGUACAUAUCAUGUUGAUUAAGGAGGACCAAGUUGACAUUAUGGAAAGAAUUUCUCUGGGUCAUGAAAAUGUCACCAUUGCUGCAACUCCUAUUAAUUUUGUGGUCGUAGAUGGAAAGAAAAAUAAACUGGUGUUUUAUUCCACAUGUGGUGAAGAACUUUUUGAAAAAUCCCUUCCAUGCUACGGCUACCCUCAUCACAUCUACUCUGACAAUGUUUAUUACUAUGUUGUGUUCAAGAGAGAGUCUGUUGUAAUAUGUUACAAUAUAUUUGGUGAAAUUAAAUGGCAGUGGAAACUACCCCUAACUGCCCCCUCUCACAUUGCUGUCUCCCAAGGAACAGUUUAUGCAGUGGACCUUGCACUCAAUAGGGUCCUGCUUUUCAAAUGUCAUGACGGGUCCAGCUGUAGUUUACGCAUCAAAAAUCCUUAUAUCAGAAAUCUAAAUAUACAGCUCAAAGAAAAGGAAGAGAAACUUCUCAUUGCCAAAAUAUGUCAUCUCCCAAACGGACAGUUGGUGGUGUCCGACAUAAAUAAUGAUUGCUUGUUUUACAUUUCUAAAGAAGGAGACAUUGUGUCUAGAUUAUCUCUGCCAUCCGCAGCUACAGAUAUAUGCCAAUGGGACUGUAAUCAAAUAGGUAUCACAUUGCCCCUGGAGAGACAAUUAAGGGUUAUUGAAAACUUAUCAAAGGCAGUUAGAACUGUAUCAUUUACCCACCCUUAUGUACGAGUAUGUAAGCUGGGUAACGGUCAAAUGGUUUCUUAUUGCGAUAAACCAUCUCAUUUAGAUAUUUUAAACAUUAAAAAUUAUAAUCAAGUCGAAAUCAUUCAUAGAAUUAAUAUCCCUUUUGUAGUGAAAUCAUUAUCAAUAGACAAGGAAACACUAAAGCUAUUGAUUGUUACUAGGAAAAAAGUAUUUCAGUACAACGGUAGUGGUGGUAGUGGCAGUAACAGUAAGAUGGUCCCUAGUGUUUUACUGUCGCAUAUGAAACCCUCCCUCGAUAUCUUUGGUGGAUGUAUUGAUAAAUUGUUUGUUUAUCUAAUUGACAACAGCCGUAUGUUUGCUAUGACUGAUCAUAACCUGGUGGUGAGAGAUCACAUUACUAAUAAACUGGUAAACAUGUACGCCGACCUGGUUGAUGUAUUUUCCAGAAACAUCUGUGUCGGUGAAAUGUUGUCUUCGACUUUAUAUCUCGAGGAUCUGACAGUUUCUGAAGAAGCUAGACAUAUUGAUGUUGUCCCUCCAGGUCUUCGAAACAGGGAACCGAUGAGAAUUGACAAUUCAAUCAUUACUGAAAAUAACCUGAUUGCAGUAUAUGACAGUAAUAAUAAAAACAUUAUGAUAUUCACAUUUGACGGUCAACUUCUGGAUUCUGUCAAACUGAAUGUCAGCUACUUAAUCGAUAUGUGUCAAUGGCAGUCAAACACAUUGGCUAUUAUGACUGGUGGUUCUGAUGACGAUGUUGAUGAUGAUGACAACGAUGAUGAUAGUGGUGACGAUAAUGACAAUGAUGAUGAUAGUGGUGAAGAUGAUGACAAUGAUGGUGAAGAUGAUGACAACGAUGAUGAUGCUGUUGAACACCAACUGUUGACAUUAAAAGUGGAAUUUCCACUGUCAUUUGUAAAUUACCAGACAAGCAGUAAAUACUGCUGCAUUGCUUCUUUGUCAAACAACCAACUGGUGUGUAGUAAAUGGCGAGACGAAUGUAAUUUGUAUGUUGUCGAUAUUGACGAAAUACAUUUGACGGUCAAUGAAAAUAAACAAAUAGACAUACCUGAGAUAUUAACGAGAUACAGUCAUGGGGGUAGUAAUUAUAUUAACGAGAUCUAUAAUGUUGUAAUUAAUGCUAAUGAUGCCAUCAUUGUCCAUAAUAAAAGAUUCAUCAUUUUCUUCAACAGUGAUGGUCAGUAUUUACAUUCAGUUAGAACCUACCGAGAUUAUUUUGGGUUUUAUAACGUGACACUCGAUGACGGUUUUUUGUUCAUUCAUGGUUGGUGGGAAAGAUAUUUUAGUGACUACAGUGAAUAUAAAAACAUUGUGUGUUUGACCCAGAAUGGGGAAUACAACAGAAUAUUUUUGAAUAAAAGAAUUUAUAAAGAUAAGGUAGAUUUCUCCUGUAUAAACUGUAAAGGGCCGAGGUUUAUUGGAAGCUACAGGUAUAAUGAUAGUAACAAAUUGUAUGUUGAAGGUUUGUUUAAGGCUAAUCGGGAAAGGUUCGACGUCUGUCGUUUACAGACAGACAAUUGCCCUGUUCAAGUAAAAGAUCUUGAUAUCUCCGAUGAUGGACAAAUAGUUGUAUGUGAAAAAGCCAAUAAUGGAAAUGUUAAAAUAUUUGAUAGAAAUAGGCAAUUGCUAUGUCACAGAGAUAUUGGAAGUUUAGUGGGUGGUGUGUGUUUUACAGGAGAAAGAGACAUAAUUAUCACAGUUCCUGACAGACAAGAAAUAUUUCAACUGAAGCAACAAGAUUUGGUGAAUCAUAAAGUUUGGGAAAGUCAAGUACCUUAUGGUGUAAUAUGGAGAAAAGUGGGGAAUAUUUACUGGUGUGUACAUAUUAACUUGAGUGAAUGUCAUUGGUUAAAGAUCGAUGGAGACCAAUUGGAGGUUCUAGAAUCUAUAUCAUUAUCAAAGCUUGAUUCUGGUCUUCGUUUCCCUUCUAUUUCAUCUCAGACGAACAACGAAAUGUACAGUAGUGAAUUAAUUAAAUUGAAAUACAGGGGAGAAGAUGGAGAAGAAAGAGGUAGAUCAGGUGAAAUAGAUGGUAAAGGUAGAUUUAUGGUUAGAUGUGGUAAUUACAUAGCGGAGAGUAUGUCAGGGUUUGAUGAAAUAUCUGUGAGGAAACUGCCAUAUAGAACAGCAAUGGUCCCGCUUUCCAUUCCUUCAUUCGAGGAACCUGUUGAUUAUGAUAUUGAGGAUGCCAAGGACUACAACAGUAAACUAAUUAAGUUAGAUGAGAAGGUGAGUGUGUUUAUGUUUAGAAACACUGUCACGGUAAUCACCGCAACAGGUGAUAUACUGCAACAUAAACAACUACCACAACCUCAACCACCACUAGACAUAUGUUGGUGGACAGAUGAAUGUUUCAUAGUUGCCUUUGGUGAACAGCUGAUGUUCUUUGAAAGGGAUCUCUGUCGUUUAAAAACCAUCAAUACUAAGAAAUACUACAACAGGAUUUAUAAACACAGCGACAAUCAACUUGUGUGUGGUGGUCAUGAGAUUGGAGACAGAACUAAAGAGGGAAGAUGCUGUUACAACUACUAUGUAGAUAUAGUUGAUAUUGAUGGUGGGACAUGUAAAUAUAAUUGUGGGGUGUGUUCUGGAGUGGAUGUGCUGAAGAAAGAGCGAGGGGUAUUGGUGUGUGAUAUAGCAGUGACGUCUGGUGGGGAUAUUGUUAUUGUGAAAUGGAAGGAUUGGCAGAGGUGGAGUGGUGGUCACUAUUUAAUCUGUUGGUACCGGGAUCAGUUGUUGGUCAGGAGUAUAAAACUACAGCCAGGUUUUGAUAGGGAUUAUAUAUACAGACCAUGUCUAAACAUACAUGGCGAAUAUGUUUAUAUAACAGACAUAUAUAACAAUAUUUACCAGAUACCUGGAGAUAUUCCACACGAAACGGCUGAAAGUAUAAAACAAUAUUUAUUCCUUGAUGGUCAAGAUAAUGAAGUCUUCACAGUUCUUGGGUUUGGUAUUUCAGACAAUUCCUUCUUCAUUUUUGGAAUUAUUCCAGGACGUCAGUCCUUUGCUUUCUUCCAUUAUGACAAAUAAAUAUGUUUCAUAAAUAUUAA